AUGGAUGUUCCCAACCCACCAACAUACAACACCCUUGUUGUCCGUCCUCAUAUUGCUGUUACAGCAGAGGAUCGCGAUGCAGUAUUAAAGUCAGUCGAGUACAAUCUUUUUGCGUUUCCAGCGGCUUUGGUAACUAGCGACUUCUUGUCAGACUCGGGUACUUCAGCGAUGACGGAUAUUCAAUGGGCAGCGAGUAAGUUUUGUCUUCUUAAGAUUUCCUUAAAUGACAGUAAAAUCCCAUGUGAUGGCUCGCUAGUGAGAAAGAACUUGGGAAUUGAAGAUUACGGUACGCGAACGAGAGUGUUUUAUUCUACCGGGUAUUGUAUAUUCUCAAACAAGGAGGCAAUUAGGGACUAAGUUUCUUUAACAAAUUUGAAUUAGCCGUGAACUACAUACUAAUAGAAACUUUGCAGUGCUUCGAGGCGAUGAAAGCUAUGGACGCAAUUGGGGAUACUAUUGUCUCCUGGAUGCUUUCCGUGACAUCUUCGAACGAGGGAAUGCUCGAGAAAACAUCUACCGAGAUGUUUUAGCAGGCAUUGCUGAUUCCCGUUUCUUUUUGAACGAGCUUCUAAAAGAGCACACUGGGGGUUUCGUAAACGGGGGUCCGGCUCAACUCAUGCGUCCAAACUUCUUUCUCGUGCCUCAAGGAAGAUGUGCAGAGGCGCUCCUUUUUUCAACAUUAGGGGCAUCCAUGGACCGAAAACGUGAACCAAGACAACAAAUACAACAUGUCAUUAUUAGCAACGGCUUUUUUGAUACCACCAGUGCCAACAUUUCUAUCGCUGGAUUUGAGACCAAGGCAUUCCCUCAACUGGGGUUAAUCGAUCCAUAUCCGAUUAAUUUAGUUGGAAUCGAAAAUCCAUUCAAGGGAAACCUAGAUUCGGCAAGUACCGCAGAAUAUCUUGAAAACAACAGUCACCGAAUAACCAUGAUUCUCCUGACAAUAACCAACAACUGGGCCGCCGGCCAACCCGUGUCCAUGGCAAACAUAAAAGCGACAUACGAUUUAGCGAGAAAACACGAGAUCCCCCUUUUCUUCGACGCAUGCCGUUUCGCCGAGAACGCCAAGUUUAUCCAGGACUUCGAACCGGGCUGCAAAGAUAAAAACAUUCCACAAGUUGUGCGAGAGAUGUUCUCGUAUGCUGAUGGAUUCACGAUCUCGCUUAAGAAGGACGGGCUUGCAAAUAUGGGUGGGGCCCUCUGUUUUCGUGAUGGAGGUCUUUUCGCAAAGAAGUUUCCAGAUAUUGGUAUUGAGUUGGAGGAGCGGCAGAUUGUGUGUUACGGAAAUGACUCGUAUGGCGGAAUGAGUGGUCGGGAUAUCAUGGCUGCUUGUGUGGGAUUGUAUGAAGUUACCAAAGAGUCCUAUCUUAGCAGUCGAAUUGGCCAAGUAAGGAGCUUUGCUGAGAAGUUGGUUGCACAAGGAAUUCCGGUCCUAUUACCACCGGGUGGACAUGCUAUCUUUUUGGAUAUGGAUAGAUUCUUUGACGGGUGUGGUAGAUCUUAUGGCGAAUUUGCUGGACUUGGAUUCGUGAUUGAGUUGUUGAUGCAUUACGGUAUUCGCGCGAUGAAAGCAGGGCCUUGGGGUGUCAGUAUACUUUCUGCUUGUAAGGGAGUAUCGCUGACUUUACUUGCAGUGGCAAUGGGAUAGAAAAAGCGAGCAAGAUCGCCAUCACAUCCCCAACCUUGUGAGGUUUGCUGUUCCACGCCAUGUCAUGAACAAUGAGCAUAUCGAGUACACCGUGGCAGCGGUGACACAGCUAUACAAAAGAAGACAUAAUAUUCCAGGGGUAUGUGUCUCAAAACUGUUGCCCCGUAUGCUUGAGCUCCACUGAUUGACCCGAUGUUUGCCAGGUGAAAAUUGUUAGAGAGAAAGAUCUUCGAAUUAGACACUUUUCCUGUAGCAUGGAGCCAUUACCAGUGCAGAACUCAUCUAGUAACAGUGAUGAGCCAGGCACUUUUCUUGCAGCCGCCAAAAGCGACUUGUCGAACCUCUGCUCUUCCCUCGGACUCAAUGGCAGCUGGCAGCAGCUCGACGAAGCUCUGGAACUCGCGAUGCACCCUUGGGGAACAAAUAAGAUUUCCAGUCAAAAGAACGGCUAG